AUGCUGGCAAUUGAAGUUUACGCCACAGCAACCUACCCCACUUACCCGAAUUCUGGUGGAGGCAUGACAGUCGAGUCCAGAACUGUUAUUAGAGAAGGAGGCGAGCAGCAGGUGGAGAUGACCGAACAUCCCGUGUUCACUUGGGUUGAGAACGUGUGUGUCGUCUACUUUUCGCUUGAAUAUCUACUUCGAUUUCUUGUUGCUCCAAGAAAGUUGGCAUUUGCUCGACAAUUUCUCAACGUUAUUGAUCUGUUAUCUAUAGCUCCGUUCUACUUCGAAAUGUUAUUAUGGCUGUGCGGAAUAUCUGGCGAAAAUGUGCGGAAGGUUCGCUGGGCCUUUCUAACUGUUCGACUUCUUCGAGUACUCCGAGUGAUUCGAAUAGCCAAACUUGGCCGGUUUUCACCCGGUUUGGCAAAUUUCGCUCUUACCAUACGAAAAUCUAAGAAGCAAAUGCAAAUGGUUGGUGUGGUAAUGAUCACUGUCGUGAUAUUCUUCUCUACACUAAUUUAUUUCCUCGAAAAAGAUGAACCAGACACGAAGUUUACCAGUAUUCCGGCUACAUUUUGGUGGUAAGC